UCCCCCCGUCCCACCCCCUUUCCCUUCCGCUGGACUGAAUGUAUAAUACAACGCAUUCGAAACGGUGACACAUAGCGGAGAGCGCGUCCAGGUUUUCUUUAAUCCGUUCUUAACAGAAAAUAUUGGGGGGUGUAGAGAGAGUGAGAUGGUUUUGCAAGCCGGCCUGCCUGAGUCAUCACGAAGAUUCAUAGUCAUGCACGAUAAGGGGAGAGAGAGAGAGAAGGAAGAGAGAGUAGGUAGAUGGAGUGAGGAGUGCGAAAGAGGGCGAGAGAGAGAGAGAGUGUCAGGGUUAGUGUAGAAAUUCAUGAUAUAAAGUAAGCGUUGAUCUUGGUUUUUUCGUCCUCCGGCUGGCUGGCGGGCUGUAGUGGCCGGCUUACGUUAGCCUUGGACGCCUACGGGACCCAUACAUGUGCCCACUUCUGCUGCUGCAACAACUUGAAUGACAGGCUUGGGUCUGAUUUAGUUGCGAUGGACGCCAUCGUGGGUCAAGGGUUUGAUGAGUGAAGGAGAUGGGCCUGAGUUCAGUACUCGAAUCACUGUCCAUGUGGUUGGAUUUCUGCCCUUUUUCUCGCAUGGAGCUUCUUUGACCUGCUGAAGAAGCAGAAGAAGCAGCAGAAGAAGAAGCUGGCCAUUGAUUAUCUAGUCUAGAACGAGGCUCUUGUGCUUAGCCACUUUGACUCUGUCGACAACGUUCUUGCCACUUUGCAGCCACACGUUAUAGGCCCGUAGGUUUUCUGCGUCUUUCUAUCUGUAGCGAUCUUUUGGUGGCGGUCUUCAUCGCUUGGAGCGAGACAAGCACAUUUUGAAUUCAUGAAUGAGUUUGUAGAAAAUUUUACUCCUGCCAGGAACGAAGGGUCUGAAUGAUCAGUGUCCUAUUCUCACCCCCCUUACCGGCUCUAAUCGUUUUUCCUGUACACUCUCAUUUCUAGUCUCAGUGAGAACUUUUCUGUGUUUAUUUUUAAAAAUAUUUUCGGUCUCGAUUUCGUUUUUGUUAUUUUUUUUUGUCCUCUUAUUGUUUUUCUUCUUCCCCUUCUUCUCCAAAUAGGUGUUUCCAAAUUCACCUACUGUGCUUUACGCACAUACCCGUGGGAUGUCCACGUUCCGACACAAGUCAAAAUGUCAAUAUCUUUGCUGCAAAGAGUAGCUGUCUUCACUAGCUAGCUGUAGAUCGUCCAUACUGCAGCGGACGUGCGCUGUGCACAUGACCGCCGAGUCUGGUGGACCAUGAAUGAAUGCCUUGCUGUCUGAUCCUCGAAGAAACUGAGGCUGCAAUGGUUCCGGGAAAUACUCUUUUGGCACAUUCGCUUAUGUGAGACGUCGCGGAGGAGGAUGAUGAAGCUGGAGCUUUGUACUCGAGCUGGGAAAGCGUUGCGCAUUUGUGCAGUUUCUGUGUUAGUUGGCCUUGAAGAUUUACAUUUGUAUCCGAAUGGGAGAUAUGAGCCUGAUUGUAGAGAGAAAGUAGGGCAUUUCAUGGCCGCGGGGUGCUCACAGGUGAUUCUUCAGCAUGUGGACUCGAGCUCCGUUCGAUACAAGCGACACUUUUAUUGCUCGCAGCUUCACGUUGAAUCGAGAGGAAGCAGGCGAAGCUAGUCCCAGGUCGGAGGCCGAACAGCGGGAACUAGAGGACGCGAGACCAUCUGCCCUAGAUUGCACCUUCCUUCCGAACACUAUCGUACACCAUGAUCUGCCUGAAGUUCCUGAAUGCCACAACAGAUUGCCGGAAGUUGAAGGAGUCUCGAUCGCCGACGAAGCACUUUCCCACAUGUCUUUACCAGAGGAUAGUGGUGUUUCAACGGUUCGGGUGCCCCUUCCUGUGGAAACCACUCGGAGAUUUAUUGGGUGCAUGACGAAGGAAAGGAUCCAGGUUGAUGACAUGCAGAUCACGAUUGCCAAUGUUUGCACACCUGCUUCUGAUCAGGAACCGAAGACACUGUCAAUCUGGUCGUCACCAUUAAAGAGGAGAAGAUUCGGGUGUAAGCUCGCAGAUGGUUUGGAAACACAUUCCGCACUCUUGGAGUCUGAACCUAUAGCAGAGAUUUCGAGUUUGGAAGCCUGUGAAGCUUCCGACCUGACAGCCGAGCAGCAUAUGGCAGAUUUAGAUAGUCCUAAAUCAAGCACACUGGAGGACAUUGACAGUGGUGCUCAUGUGUCCGCCAGUCGAGGCACACCUGAAGUAGCCUCGCCACAACGUACUUCUGAUGAUAAGCAGGUAGAGCAGGAAAAUGUAGAUCAGGUUUCGGAGCGACGGCAGUCGGAAUUGCACUUUAGCUCAACACAGAACGUUUCUCCGCAAGGUAUUGAAUCUCCGGGUUGUGAUGACACACAAUCUACUUCGCAAUUUUUGCUUUCUACACGUCGCAUUUGGAAGGAAUCUCAAGAUAAAAAAUCAGUCAAUAGUUCUAAACCGCAGCUGAGCAUCCGACAGCCCUCCCGCAAGAGGAAGACCAUGGCUAGUGGCUCUGGCGAAUGGUUGAAGUUGAGUCUAGGUAAUUGUCGACAAUCUGAUGAGUCUGCAGAAGACGAACCAAGUGAAGAGCAGCAAAGCCCCAUACUAAAUUCCCCGACCAGUUCCACUGACCUGCUGCAACUCGGUAUCAGAGAUUUUUUCAAGUUUGGUGGUAGCUCAGAGAAUGAAGAGACGUCAAGACAACAUCCCGUAGAUGUGCACGGGAGCACGUCCACGAGGAAUACCUCUUCUCCAUACGGAUCUCAACUGGCUGCAUCCACACACUCUGGAGAAACCUCUAGGCGUUAUCCGGACUUGAAUCCCGAGUCUAGUCAUCGAUCAGGACUUUCCAGACCCUUAUUUUUGGAACCACGGCCACGCAGCAAAGAUUCUAGCUGGGUCGAUUCUAGCGUACAAGCCCCACGUGUGGUGCAGCCGGCACCUGCGUCUGGCGGUAACACUGAACUUUUCUUGUCACCAUCAAUUCCAAUUUUGCAGAGAGGUUACCCCCCACCGACGUUCUCAAACUUAUCCACCUUGCCAUUUCAUACCGCUCGAGUCCUGCAGCAGUUCAGAUCCGAGCAAACAGACACUACCUCCGUCAAUGCCUGGAGGUCAUCAGGGCAUCCCGCAAGUUACACUGGUGCUGGUCCUAGUUCUGGUCAUAGUCGCGACGAAUUUCAAACGGGGCCUGCGGCGCCUCUUCCCUGGAUGCCGAGCUCCCACGAUCCCCCACAAACACCCCCGAAUGUAGCCGAACUGCUGAACGUGGCAAAUCAAUUAGCGUUCAGAGAUAGGAUGAGAUCUGCACCUGGUGGUAGCGGGGGGGCUUCGACGUCGCUUUUGGGCGUGCAAUCGCCUCAUGCGCAGGGCGUGGAUCCCGAGCUGGCCUGGCGUAACCUGCUGCACCGAGUUGGUGGCAACACUCUGAAUAUGCCCAGCGGUUUUGGAGCAUCUCCUUCAAGCCAGAGGCCAGCAGCGGAGUUGAUGAUGCCUUGUGUGGAUCGUGAAGAGUACAUGGAAGCUCUCAAACGUGCCGUUGAAAGGUUCCAGGGUUCCGAUCAGGGAGCCAAGGAAGAGCCUCUCACCGAGCUCCAACGCAUGCACAGAGCCACUAUGUUCCCACCAGCACAACGAUCUCAACCGGGUCGUGCUUUCGACCCACGCACAGAUGCAAGCUUGUCAAGGUUCCUCGGUACACCUUCAAGUAGUGGAAGCAAGGUGCGAGCACGAGCACCUGCAGCUUCUUUGGAGAGGCAAAGAAGAAUCUUGCGUCCCCACGCUCCCCGACCUGGCUUGUGGUUCACCCUCCAAGCAUCAAGUUCCCAGCCAGAAGCUUCCCCGACGCAGCAGAUACCAACUGGAUACAUACGAGUCGUAGAUGGCAACAUGACAGUGGCAGCAGUGAAGAAAUAUCUGGCGAACAAACUGGGUUUAGAUAGUGAGGAUGAGGUGGAGCUCACUUGUAAAGGGCAGUCUCUAGUACCGAGUAUUCCUCUGCAACAAGUACGGGAUGGUAUUUGGCAAGCCCCAAUUACUCAUGUUGUUGAUCCAAGCACUCCCCAAUUAUUGUCCGAAGGCAAGGCUUGGAAGGCCCCAGAUGGAUCUGUUACACAUGUCGGAGACGUGGUCAUGGUGAUUACAUAUGGUCGGCGACCUCAAAGACCUGCUACUUCGGCUUUACAUGACGCGCCUGCAAGACCGCUUUGAACGCUGACAUCUUAACUGGUGAGAGGAGAUGCAUGACUCCCGGCCAAGAUUUUGGCUGGAGUCAUCCAUCUACUUUGAACAAGUCACCACUUGUAAUUGCUCAUUCUUUUAUGAUGAAGCUUCGGGGCACAUGGUAUCGAUCGCUUUACUCAGGUAAAAGAAUUGAGGCGUAAUGACCGAAGCAAUUCAGACAACAGUCAUGUAUGGUUCAAAUCGACUUCGGACUCCACAAUAGAGGUUCAUUACACGAAGAUGUUCAAGGCUUCGAGGUUAACUCCACAAUGCUCAUCAGAAUGGAGGGUGGAUUACGUGAUCUUCGGGCCUCCAUCAAAGUUGAGGCCAAUAUUCAAACUGGAGCACUCAAUGUACAACUCCCUUUGUUAUGCUUGGAACGGAAGCAACCCGAGUUUACUUCGCAAGUAUAACUCGUGCCGCAAUUCUAGUUUAAGUCAGGUAUUCUCUCAGGCAGCGUGAUAUUGCUACCUAACGAUGGAAAGUGGUUGUAGUUUGUUUAUCACAUUUGAUUAAUAGUGGUUUCUUACUGACAAACUUCACAUAUAGUUUGAAAUUUGAAUCAUUCACAUCUCUUUACCGUCCAGCCACUGGAGUAUAAGCGGCACCGUUGUCGGAGCUGUUGGACCCAAUCAACGAACUAAAUAUUGCUUGCAUUUUUUUCGAGACACUGGUCGCAGUCGUCCUUAUCGCUGUACAUCCUUGCAGCUGGCGUGCCAAGCGGCAUAUCUCGCAUUUAAGAUAGAUCAGAAUUAACUUCAAGUCGCAGCUGACAGUGAUGGUUCAGAUAGAAUGAUAUCAACGACCCUGUGGAGAUUCAUUCAUGCCACAAUUCAAUAAAAAAAUUGUCACGCA